CACCUGGAGUGAAUACCACUUGCGACUUCACACGUGCACAGACACAGUUCACCAAAGUUGAACCUGCGCGGAGGGUACAAAUCCCUUCAUUUGUUAUCUUUUAAUUCGACGUUCAACUUUGCGACAGUUGCCAGAAAAAGUUUUUGCAAAACUUUCCUCCAAAUCUCGACUCACUACAUCCAAGAUCAUUCGACAAACACUAUCCAAAUUUAACAAUUGACACCUUCCAAAGAUGUCUUCCGCAGAAGUCGUUACCAUAAUCGACGAGAAGAGCGUUGGCUUGAAGAAGAUCGCGAGUGGCAAGGUCCGCGAGAUCUUUGAGGUCGACGACCAGACUCUGCUCUUCGUCGCAACAGAUCGCAUCUCGGCAUAUGAUGUGAUACUGACCAAUGGCGUUCCCAACAAAGGCGCAUUGCUCACGCAGUUGUCUGCGCACUGGUUCUCAUUGAUCAGCAAGCACUUUCCAGAACUCAAGACACACCUCAAAUCAACACAGUUGCCCGCAUCGGUCCCAUCAAACCUCGCUCCACAGCUUGAGAAGCGAAGCAUGCAGGUCAAUCGCGUGCCGGUCAUUCCGCUCGAGUCGAUCGUCCGUGGCUACAUCACUGGCAGCGCCUGGUCUGAGUACAAGAAGUCAGGCACAGUGCAUGGCAUGCCUGCGCCUGCUGGCUUGCAAGAGAGCCAGAAGCUCGAGAAGCCUCUAUGGACUCCAAGCACCAAAGCUGAGCAGGGAGAGCACGAUGAGAACAUCUCGAAGCAGAAGGCGAUCGAGAUUGUCGGCGAGGAGGUGGCAAAGAAGGUUGAGGAGGCGAGUCUGAAGAUCUACGAGAUGGCUCGCGAUUACGCUGAGGAGCGUGGCAUUAUAAUUGCCGAUACCAAGUUCGAGUUUGGUCUUGACCCAGAGACGAAGGAGAUUGUCCUCAUUGACGAGGUGCUCACACCAGACAGCUCGCGUUUCUGGCCUAAGAACAAAUACGAAGUUGGCAAGGGCCAAUCGAGCUAUGACAAGCAGUAUCUCCGCGACUGGCUCACGAACUCGGGGCUGAAAGGCAAGGACGGCGUGAGUAUGACCGAUGAGGUUGCGAAGGAGACAGCGAGCAAGUAUCGCGAGGCAUACGAGAAGAUCACAGGAGAGAAGUGGCAGUAGAGACGAGGCAGGAUCAAGCCACUGAUUACAUGCAUGAAGACUGAAGACACCCUUGGUGUAGACAGAGGUCGCAGCCUGAGCUGCAAGUAGUGG